UUUCUGCUUCUCUCUCUAAAAUCUUCUAAUUCUCUGUUUCUCUCUCUAGAAUCUAUCGAUUUCCGAUUACUGAUUUGGGGUUUAACGGUAAGGGGUUUGGAAAAUCUCAGUUUUUUUGAUCAAGUAUUUCUGUAUUUUUGUUAUCUGAUGAUUUUGUUGAGUUUUGUUUAGUGUAAUUGUACUGUGUUAGAAUCAACGGUAUCUGUUGCAGCAAUCAAUUUGUGCGGACGGAAAAUAGUUGGGGAGAAGACCAGCAGUAUAUACAGUGACAGGAUAUAGUUUGUCAAUGGAGUAUGACAACGAAGAGCAUGGUUUUAUUAGUGUUCCGGCUCCUGAGUUUGGUGCAAUUUUUAUGUCAAAUAUUGCAACAAAGAGAGACUGCUUUAAACAUAAAGUCUUUGGCCUUCCAUCAUCCAUGGGCAAUUUUGUGAAGGAGGUCAAAAAAGGAAUGAUCCUGUUCCUAUUUGAAUAUGAAAGGAGACAACUUUUUGGAGUGUAUCGGGCUAUCUCAGAUGGUGGAAUGAACAUUGUACCCCAUGCAUUUAGUUCUUCUGGGAAGCAGUUUUCUGCGCAGGUUCGAUUUGUGCUGAUUUGGCGUUGUAGUCCACUAUCCGAAGAUGAGUUCCGUGAUGCCAUUAGGGAGAACUACUUUUCAGCAAGGAAGUUCCACUUUGGUCUGUCUGAUGAGCAGGUUCAUAGGCUUCUUAGAUUGUUUAGUUCAAGAAAGUUAAAGAAUAAGUUACCCCCGAGAAAGCUCACAACUGGAGUGGGCAAUGGAAUUGACGAAGACCAUAUAAUGGUGAAUAACAAAUCCUAUACAGCAAGUGGUGGCUUUGAUAUCAAACGUUCUAAUGCUGAUUUAAGGCCUUCCCUGUCAAGAGGAUAUCCAAGUUCAUUCCAUGGAGUAAAAAGAGUCGCCGAUGACAUGUUUUCAAUUGAGCAUAGAGAGAAGGAUGAAGAUAUAGUUGAUUCUGCCGAACAUCUCUACUAUAAUGAUAAGAAGAGAAGAAUAGGUUAUGAUGAAGCAUUAUCAAGGGAUAAUGCUGCAGAAGAUAAGCUUCAUGUUCACUCCCCCACUGAAGAAUUAGGAUUUUCUGGAGAUGAUGAGUGGUCUUUGAAUGGCAGGGUAAAGAGGAAAUAUAAAAUCAACAUGAAUUGUACUCCUGCCCUCUCCAACUACAUGGAAGAUUCUGACCUCAGAAGAACAGUUCAUGAUGCAAAUUUAGUGGUAAGAGAUCAGAUAGUGAAGGAAAAUAACAUGGAUAGUAAUUUUGGUCCGGGCAGAUCAAAUGAGCAGAAUGAAAAGCCUUCAGACAAUGCUAGAACUAGACUUUGUACUCAUUAUGCAGGUUUUUUAAGGAACAAUCAUGUGGAUAAAGCACAUAUCAUGGAUAAUUCUCAUGAGCCUUCCCUUUCUAGGAAGAAUAGAAGUGAUCCCUUUUGGAAUGUUGGAACUGCAAGUGAUGAUUGGCCGAGUUCCUUGGAUGAUAGAGUAGGGGGGAAAAAGAGCCAUUUGGACCCUGAUAUUAAUUCUACAAUUGUGUCUGAGCGCUUUGUGAACUCACCCUACAAGAAAAAAGGAAUGCGUAAAGAUGGUAGAUUAUUCAGAAGAGAGAUAAGCGGAAAUGAAUCUAAGUUUUGUACACGUCUCAUAAGAGAAUUUGAUCAUCAAGAGGCCACUGAUGAUGAUGUAUGCUUCCUUUCUAGGCGUAAAGGAGCAAAUGAAAAAUGUGUUGACAGAUUUCUUAUCCCAACUGCUUCAAAUGGGAACUCCGCCUAUGCCGGAGAUGUAGGUAGACAAAUGGCUGAAGUUGGUAGUUAUCCAAUGGAUGAUUUUGAUGGGUUGGUCCCUGGUACAGAAAACUUUCAGAGGCCUCUCGCCGGGGCUGAUUGCACUGUGUACUCUCCAAUGAAGAAAAGAACCUCAGGGUACUCCACCAAGUUUCUUGCUGGAACAGAAUUUCCUCAGUCAACAGAAGGACAAAAUUUUGGUCCCUCUUGCUCUAAAUUCCAUGAUGCAACAAUUACAAGAGUCAUGCCAUAUAAGGAUGAGCUACCCAAUUCUUGUUAUGGACAUACUGAGACAUACGAAGUUGAACAGGGUUCAAACUUUGUGCGAGGGCCACCUUCUUCCAAUGUGUAUAGAGAGAAUAACUUUGCAUCAUCUAAAGGUAUAUCUUCUCCAUAUUCCCAUCCUGAAUUUACAACGAGGGGCCUGGAAUCAGUUUCUGAAGGUGGAAAAAUGGUUCUGCUUUCGCACGAUGGGUUCAGCAAUCCACCUUUAAAUGUUGGAAUUUCUGAGUUGGUGGAACCAAAUAGGUCUGGUUCUUUUGGUUACAGAACUGCUUCCAUUCCAAGGGCAUCUAUUGCUCCACAGUUAACUAGGGAUGAUAUUAAUGAGGGUGAAACUUGGAGAUUUUCAUCUCAAGCUGCCCUUGGUUCAAUUGCUAGAAAUUCCUUUUCUGGUAAUUAUCAAUGUGCUGAUGAGGAGAUAGGUGAUGGGCAUGUUAUAUGGCAAGGGAGUGAUGCAACUCAUGUUGGAAGAAUAUCUCGCUCUCCUAACACUAGUUGGUUACUCCAAGGAAAUGUUUUGACAAAUCUUGACAACGCCUACAGACCUGGAGCUGACAUAGUUAAUGAUGAAUACGAGAACAACAGAUUAACACAAGUUCAUUCUGAUUCCAGAAAUUCCAGAAAAAGUGUUUUUAGUCGCUUAUCUUUGGCUCCUAAAGUACAUAAGCUAAGAGAACACAAAUUUGAUUAUAGUAUGAGCUUUGAAGAGCAUUAUAUGGAUACAACAGUUGAUGAAAUCAUGGACUUGUUAUACGAGGAUCAGAAAAUUGUACCAAAAAAGCCAUUGAAUCGUAAACCAUUUAUUCGAAAAGUUGGAUCUGGUGAAACUGAUAGGUCAGGAAAACAUGCUGCAGUUGUCAAGAAUGAUGCAGAGCAGACUGCUGAUUCAAUGAUGAGAGUUCUCAAAGAAAGUGCAAAUGAAGUUCUUGAAGAAACCAUGAACCAUAUUCUGGCAGAGACCAGAAUGGUGGAUUUCAAGCGCAGGAGGGAGACAAAUCGAGCUUCAGAACAGACUACUGUUAAAUUAAACAAAGAAGAAGAGACAAAUGCUAAUGAAUACACAGUCCUUCAGAAUGCACUAGGAAACAGUUCUCAAACUGCAGUGGCUAAGGUUUCAGCUGAUAAGCCAUUCAAGCGUAGGAAGCUUGUGCGUCCAGCAUUUGAUGAGAACAACUGUAGGAGUGUUUUGAAUCACCAACUUCCUUGUCAGACACUUGCCACGGCUAAAACAGGGAACUCAGAUUCGAUCGAGUUUCAGCCCGCUCUCUAAUAAUUAAACUAUCUAGGUGAACAACGAAAUGAUCACUCCAUAGUCAUCAAGUUCUCCAACAUGCUUACUCAAGAGGCGGUUUGCAUAGACUGAAGCUUGGUAUAUGAUGAUGACGAGGCUGAACGAAGGCAGCGCCAUGAUUGUAUACUAAAAUCAUGUAGCAUACGACUGUUUUCAGAUCUUAUGUCGAUCUGCACCUCAAGUUUUGUGGAAGUUGGAUUUUGUUAUGCAAAUGAACAAAUUCACCCCUUGUGUAAAUUUGAUAUUUGCUUCCUUCAUUUUGUUCCGCAUAGUAACAUGUUCUUAUUUUAGUUGAUCUCGUCUUUUAUCCUAUUAAAUCAUUUUCUUCCAAAA